UUCGCCCCUCCAGUCGGUAAUGGAAGUACUAGCUAGUUAGGCUAGCUUACGAACUCAAAUGUGUGGAUUUCCACAUUUGUGGCUUCGGUAGCUGUUCAAUUCGCCAAUAAACCUUAAACUAGUCGAUAUUUUGUUUGCUUGAUAGAUGGCUUACAAUUGUUCGUCAUAGCUAGCUAAAGCAGUCUGUAUCUAUCGGAACAGUCGAGGUUAAAAACUCAGUUCAACACAACUCAAAAGUACAGUAGCUAGUUAGCUGGCAAGGUAGAAUCUAAAUAGAUAGCAAGCUAGAUCUUUUAUAUUUGUCCUAGCAGAUAAUAUAAGGCUUACUGUAUAUAUUUAGUGGCCGAGCCUAUUCCCUGUAUGGUUGUCAGAGUAAAGUGACUCCAAAAUGCAGUGAGAAGAGUGCAGUAGUUUAAAGCUACAAGCUACUGUAAAAUAAUGGAAGUCAUUUUCAAGUCAUUGACGAAUGGAGGUUUUCAGAAAGCAAUAGAGUUUAGGUUUAGCAGAGUCCUCUUCGCAAACCUUCUGAUCUGCAGGAGUCUGAGUAGCUUAUCACCUGUUACAUGUGCGCCCUCCAAACAUCAGCUGAGGAGGUCGACAUGUGGGAGAGCUAUAGCACUACACAGAUCGUGCCUGCCUAGGUCAUUUAUUCGUCACAGAGUGACAGAGGCAUCUCUUUCCAGUGUGGCACCUGUUUUUGUUGUCAUGAAAUUUGAACAAAAUGGAAAUGUUACCUCUUUUGAGAAGAAGAAGUCUGAGUUGUACCAAGAGCUGAGUGUGCAGGCCAGAGAUCUGCGCUUCCAGCACCUCACCAGCAUCACCACCAGGAACAACAACAUCAUCAUACGGAUGGAGUCUCUGAAGGCAGUAGUGACUCCCCAAUGCCUGCUGGUGCUGGACUUCCGAGGGCUGGGCCUGGAGCGCUGGCUGGUACUGGAGCUGGCCCCCCAGCUAGCGGGGGACGGGGGCCUGGCCACACACUCCCUGCCCUUCGAGUUCAGAGCCCUGGAGGCCAUCCUACAGCACAGGGUCAACACCAUCCAGGCUCACCUGAACGAGAUGCAGCCAGUGAUCCUGGACACGUUGGAGUCUCUGGUGGACCCCAAGCUGCUGUCUGCAGACCGCAGCAAGCUGCACGUGCUGCUGCAGAGCAGCAAGAGCCUGUCGGAGCUUGAGACAGACAUUAAGAUGUUCAAGGAGACCCUGCUGAAGAUCCUGGACGAGGAGGAGAUGAUCGAGGAGCUGUGCCUCACCAAGUGGACCGACCCUCGAGUGUUCGAGGAGAGCAGCCUGGGCAUAGACCAUGCUGAGGAGAUGGAGCUGCUUCUGGAGAACUACUUCAUGCAGGCGGAGGAGCUGGGGAACACCACCAGGGAGCUGAAAGGCCUGAUAGACGACUCCGAGAGCAUCAUCUUCAUCAACCUGGACAGCCACCGAAAUGUGAUGAUGCGGCUAAAUCUGCAGCUCACCAUGGGAACCUUCUCCCUCUCCUUAUUUGGCUUGAUGGGCGUGGCUUUCGGUAUGAACUUGGAGUCAUCCCUUGAAGAGGACCCCCGUGUGUUCUGGCUGGUGACAGGCUUCAUGUUCCUGGGCAGUGGGCUGAUCUGGAGACGCCUGCUCUCCUUCCUGGGCCGCCACCUGGAGCCUGCAGUCCCUCCUCCGAUUCCACCGGUUUGGAAGAGGAACCACAUCACCCAGCUGAAAGGAAGUGAGGUGAAGAGUGGAGUCAGAUGAUGAUGGAACCUUGCAGAACCAGAACUGGCUUUCAGACAAACCCCUCACACUGGUCAAACUGACGAUCUGACUGCAAACUGGCCCGCACUUCACCAAGAUUCUGGUCUCAAGGUAAAGCAUAUGGAUUGGAGAGGGAUGGGUUUUUUUAGGUUUGUUUUGUAAGUACUGUGUUUAUUGAUUGUAUUAUCAUGGGUUUAAGUAUAACAUUUCAACACAAAGUGUACCUCUAGCUGUAUAAUAUACAAGAGUAUAGAUAUUAUAAGGAUGACCUUGUCAACAAUUUAAAAAAUAUAUUUUUUAAUUGAAAUAAUACAUUCAUCCUUACAGUGAACAUAUGUUUUUACAAAAGUUGUAUGUGAAUCAUGCAUAUGAUGCUAUAUGUGUACACAGAAAAGAGAUCCACAUCCGUAACUGGCUGCACUUUAGACUACAUGUUUGUCUGCUAACAUGUGAAUGCUAGGUAGUGUCCCUAGUUCUGUGUGUUGUGGUCUUGCCAAAGAUUGCUGAUCUUGGAUAGGUAUAAACAAUGUGCCAGAAAUUCACAGAUGGCCAAUCAGUGGGCAGGAUCUUCUUAUCUCAUUUCUGAAGGCAGAUAAAGAUCUGGAAUGGAAUAAAUCACCUUGUUAGAACAUCCCAUUUCACUAAGUUGAUGGACUACAUACUUCCAACUCUGUUGUUAACUAAGUAUUAAGGAUCCCAACUGCAUGAGAGACUGUUUAAAUCAUUAUCUUUACAACUAAAAUGUACCUUCAACUGCGAUUUUCUGGACUGCACAUAAUAGGUUACUGGAUUUACCUCUGUUCUUCUGCUUGAGGAUUACGUGCCAUCCAUGAACAAUAACUUUAACUUUAUUUUCAUGUAAAUUGCUUUUAUUUAAUAAAUGUACAAAAUACA